AAUGCAUCCUCGUCUGUUGGCUUUAGCAUCUUUACCGUCGGUCAGUCCGCUUUAAACAACACCGGUAGUCAGAUAGCACACGCCGAGAGUAGGACCUGAGACAGGCCACCAAAUCUCUGGUCUGUCGGCUGUUUGAAAUACCUGCAAUGGCAGAUAAAGAAGUUGGUGCAUUUGAUGAUGCGGUGGAGGAGAGGGUGAUAAAUGAGGAGUACAAGAUCUGGAAGAAAAACACUCCUUUUCUCUAUGAUUUGGUUAUGACCCACGCCUUAGAGUGGCCCAGCCUCACUGCUCAGUGGCUGCCUGAUGUUUCCAGGCCAGAGGGGAAGGAUUACAGUGUGCAUCGGCUGGUUUUGGGCACUCACACAUCUGAUGAACAGAAUCACCUGGUCAUUGCGAGCGUCCAGCUGCCCAAUGAUGAUGCCCAGCUUGAUGCCUCACAUUAUGACAGCGAAAAAGGAGAGUUUGGAGGCUUUGGGUCUGUGACGGGAAAGAUUGAGAUAGAAAUCAAGAUUAACCAUGAAGGAGAGGUGAACCGUGCCCGAUACAUGCCUCAGAACCCAUGCAUCAUUGCCACCAAGACCCCCACAUCAGACGUGCUGGUGUUUGAUUACACUAAGCACCCCUCAAAGCCAGAUCCAUCUGGAGAGUGUCACCCUGAUCUGCGUCUCAGAGGCCAUCAGAAAGAAGGUUACGGUCUCUCCUGGAAUCCAAAUCAGUCUGGCUCCCUGCUCAGUGCUUCAGAUGACCACACGAUCUGCCUGUGGGACAUCAGUGCUGUUCCAAAGGAGGGGAAGAUAGUGGAUGCGAAGACAAUCUUCACUGGUCACACUGCUGUGGUGGAGGACGUCUCCUGGCACUUGCUCCAUGAGUCACUCUUUGGAUCUGUAGCAGAUGACCAGAAUCUCAUGAUUUGGGACACUCGUUCAAACAACACCUCCAAACCCAGCCAUGCAGUAGACGCCCACACAGCCGAGGUCAACUGUCUGUCAUUUAAUCCUUACAGCGAGUUCAUCCUUGCCACCGGCUCAGCAGACAAGACUGUGGCUCUUUGGGACUUGAGGAACUUGAAAUUGAAGCUGCAUUCCUUCGAGUCACACAAGGAUGAGAUCUUCCAGGUUCAGUGGUCACCUCAUAAUGAGACCAUACUGGCAUCCAGUGGAACCGACCGUCGCCUCAAUGUUUGGGACCUCAGCAAAAUCGGAGAAGAGCAGUCUCCAGAAGAUACUGAGGAUGGCCCUCCUGAGCUUCUGUUCAUCCAUGGAGGCCACACAGCCAAGAUCUCUGAUUUCUCCUGGAACCCCAACGAACCCUGGGUCAUCUGCUCAGUGUCUGAAGACAACAUCAUGCAAGUCUGGCAAAUGGCUGAGAACAUCUACAACGAUGAAGAUCCUGAGGGUUCGACAGACCCUGAAGCCACAGUGUAACACCUCUGCCUGCUCUGUGUGUGUGUGUGUUGAUCUACAACCUCAUCAAAAACUGCAAAAGAGCCACUUCAGUAGUUUCACGCAGCUCCUUCUGUCCAUCCUGCUCUACUUUAUUGAUGGGACACUGUACGCCACAAAAAUCACUGUAAAUACCAGAAAGCAGAGCAUAAUCAUGUAAUGCUCUGCUUCUGUUUAAAAUACUCAAUGUUAAGAGCAAGUUAAGAACUUUCCUUUUGAGUAAUGUAUUACAUCUUACAUGUUUUUUUGUACUGCAUAUACAGUAAAAUAUGUAUUUUUUUAAUCAAAUUGGCUCUCCCUUGUACUCUUGAUGCAAAUGUUGUAGUGAAAAGUUUUUUCCAGUAAUAAUCUUAUGUAGAACCUCAGGUGGAAGGGGUGUAACUAUACACAAAGCUCACGGUUUGGUAUGUACCUCGGAUUUGGGGUCACAGUUCAGUAUGUUUUAAUAGUAGUGUUUUACUUGGUCAGUGUUAUGGGCAGAGACACUACAGGCUAACCAGGCUACCCUAGCUAAGUGGGCUAGCAUACAUCCAUGAGCACGCUACAGCUUGUUAUUUUUUUCUCCCAUUCACAUUCUGUGAAGACUUGCCCCUACACUGCCUCUGAUUGGCUCUAAGCAACCUAACCGAUCAAGGCACCUAUUACUAGUCACUCAGAGGCUGAGUAGGGCAGGUGGGGAAAAAAAUAAGGCUGUUACAGCUAAGCGGUGUGCUGCCAAAACAUUCACAGUGGAAUUGUUGUUCCACACAUCAGAGUUAGUUGUAUUCAGAAAAAUUGGAGUAAACUAUUUUGACAGUAAUUGUUUGGAACACGAAGCAUACCGGACUAAGGAAAGUCACGCACCAUACUAAACACCGUACUGAAUAGUUCGGAAUGAGUACACAUACAGUUACACCCCUAUCAGGUGGUGAUCAUAUUGACAACCCAAAAAAAAGUGCUAACCCACAGGAAGCUCCUGUUAAACAGUGUAAACAUAUUAAACCUUUCACAUAUUGCAAAAUCUUGCAAAGAAUAACGCAAUUAGAAGUAUGAUGCAGCCCAGCUUUUUGACAUGAUGCAUAGUAUAGACAAUUUGAUAGUUGUUUUUUUUCCCAAGCUAGUUUAUAGUCCCAAACAAUAGUCAUAUUUUCAUUGCUUCAGCAAGGUCACCACCUAAUUGUUCUGGACCUUGAUUUUCACACCAGCUAUUUGAGAAUUGUGCAUCUGUGUUUAAAAUGUCCAUUUAUGUCACCCCCCCCCCCUUCACCGAAGUCAUUCAUUAAUGAGUUAAACGUUGUUGUUGUGAUAUAGAUUAGUGGUUGAACUUUUUCUAUGUUCGGUAUUUUGCAAUUGUACAGUGAGUGCAUUCUUAAUAAAAAUGUGUUUAAUCAAC